AUGGGGCAAACGCAAUUACCGUACCUCGAGCAGACUGUCGUUGCCGUCCCUCUACCACCCUUUUCCUCCUCCUCCUUCGCCUCCUGCUGUUGUGGCUGCCCCCUCCGUGUCGUUGAACAGAUAAACUUCCCUCAGACACUUCCUCGAACCCACCUUUCGUCUGAACCUCAAGAGACACUCAUCAGCACUCACUUCUACCUGAGUCCCGACCAAAAGAUCCUCCCCCCACCCCAAGUCAUUGAAGAAAAAACUUAA